AUGGAACACCCUCAAGUAAGUUAAUUUUUCAUUUUCUUUUUAACUCUUGCAUUUUCGCAGCUCAGUGUUUAAUUUUAAUACCAGACCAACGGAUAUGUUUAUUAAAGGAAAACCAUACGACCUUUCAAAAAAUUUUAAAAACAAAAAGCAAAAUAAUAUUUACAGGCUAUCGAGGUGGAUCCUUCACCAAGUAUUAUAUGUGGACCUUUCGAUCAAGACAAAAACUUUGAAUACAUAGUAAAGAACACACAUACAACACGAUUGUUCAUUUCAAUUCUAAGCUCGCAGCCAAAUUUGAUUGGGAUCAGUGGACCAAAGAAGUCGAAACUUUGGCAGGGACAAACAGUGAAGUUGGAGGGAAAGUUCAAGAAUUUUGGCGAAGAAGUGAAGCCGUUGCUUAAGGCCAUAAAUGUAUUCAUUAUCGUGAAAUACGAGCGAAGACUUCACGAUGGUUCAGUAACAAUACAGGGCAAAAGAAAGAUACCAAUCAACUUCCGAGGUAACAAACAUUGUCUUACAUUAAAUUUGUAUUAAAAACGAAACUUGAAAUAAGUUAAUAAUCAUUUACCCAAAAAUUGCUAAUUUUGUUAUUUCAGCUUAA